AUGGGAAUGGUAACAAUGAUGGUCUUGUCUCUUAACGAGCAAAUUGACUUGCUUAAAAAUUCUGAUAAAUCCACUGAUAACUCACAAAAUGACUCUAAAAUCGAUGACCUUAAAUCCCAAUUGAAAGAUCAUGUUGCCAAGUAUCACUCCCUUUCUGAGUCUGACAGGACUGCUCAACUCAAGGACGUCCACUCCAGGAUGGUGUCUCUUGCUGAGCUCAGUGGGAAGCUUGGCCAAUUUAUUGGCAAAAGUGACGCUGUUACUAAAGCAAUUAAUGAUGGUAUUGACGCAAUUAUUGACAGUGAUCCUGAAUUCAAAAGCCUUAAAAACUCUCAGUCUUCGCCUGCGCAUUCUCCCACUUCCGUGUCUGCUGGGCUCAUAGAUGAUGGUGAGCUUGAUGAGAAAAUUCAGCAUUUUAAUACAGAAAUUGAGCUUCUUAAACCUAAAAUAGAGGAACUUAAAAAGCAAAAAAUGUCUGUCCCCGAUGACCUUAAUAAGUCUCAUGAGUCUCAUCAGUCCAAGUUGGAUGCUCUUCAGAGGCUGAAGAGCCUUAAUGAGUCUUUUAAAUCUCUUGGUACUCCACAAAGUGAUAACUGUAAAAACCAUUUAGAAAACCUCUGCACAGGCCUCGAAAAUUUUCUCGGCUACCAUGAUGGUAAUUACACCGGAGAAGGAAUUGUGUACUCGGACCUUGACAGGCUGUGCGACGGGGUGAUGUCUUUCCUUCAUGGUGUUCUUGAGAGUGUAAAAGAUGAUGAGAGUGUUAAGAUAUAUGAUAAUUACAUUAAAUUAUCAAAUAAUAAUGAUGGUUUAGAUAAUGUUCUUCGUGAUGUAUUUUCUAAAAUUGGUACCGGGCGUAAUGGCCUUUCGGAGUCUGUCACCAAGGUGAAGGUGUGGUUGGGGAAAUAUAAUGGACAAGUUGAUAGCAAGACAAGAGGAGUGACCGAUGGAUUAUCUGCACUUAUAGGUAAGUUACAUGAUGGGUCUCAUGUUGUUGCAGGUGUGAAUAAUGAUUUUUAUCAAGCCGUGGAGAGGGAAGCCACCAACCCACUUGCCGACCAACUGGCGGCGUGGAAGCAGACACUUAGUAAAAUUUCUAGCGCACUUAGUAGUGAUGUAAAAACAGAAAUUAAUAAGUUAGAUAGCGCACUUAAAGGUAGAAUAGACGUAGAGAUGAAGCCGAUAACUAAGGUUAUCGAGCACAUGAGUAGUGUGGCUGGGAAGAUGGAAGAGGGCGGCAAGGUGACGGCUGUAGACAGUGCUAUUACCAGUAACGAACAGCAUGUCAGACAGCAGAUUGAUGAGAAAGCGCGACUGCUUCAGCAAAAUUUGGGGGCCAGAUUUGAGGCCAUAAGUGGUGGUAUUGAGAAGAUUGAGCAGAAGCAAACCGAUGACCUAGCGGCGUUGAUGAAGAAUGUGAACCAGUUGGUUACAGAUGUGACACUGGCACAAACAUAUGGCAACAGAUUGCACACGGAGUAUCGCAGUAAGAUUCUCGAUAAGUUGGAGGGGAUCGAAGGCAAAGUUAACGGACUUGGUACUACCGAAAUUGCCGGUGGACUCAGUAGCAUUUUUGCUAUGGUUAGUCAGCAAUUGGACAUGCUUGAGAUUAAAUUGAACAAUCUUAAGAACACCUAUUUAGAGGUUCAGGAAAAGGUGGGCCCAGCGUUGAGUGGUAUUGAAACUGAGUUGAGGAAAAGGAUAGAAGCGCUUAAGGAAGAAAUCAAGAAUAAAAUAGAGGAGUAUGUCCGGGGGACGUUGCCUAAGAAGAUUAAGACAGCUAUUGAAGAGGAGACAGAUAAAAUUGCUGGACGGGAUAAUGCAAAAAAUAUACAACUUGGUUUUCUAGAUCAUAUUGUAGAAGGAGUGAAAGGGUAUGCCACACAGUUCAGCGGGCCAGCAAUGUUUGCCACUAUGGUAGAAAAAUGCAUUAAAGAAAUUUUGAAGCAUAAUAAUAUUGUGAAGGAAAAGAUUGACAAAUAUUAUGACAAUAUCACAGUGCAGGGUAAGGACCAAAUCGCAACCAAAAUUCAGGAAAAACUUGGGGAAAUUACUCGUCCGGCCGGUGAAAAGGUCCAACAACACAUCCAAGAAAAGGUCAAUGACAGCAAGACCCCCGACAAGAUUGAAGAAUACGUUAAAGCUGUUCAGGCUGGGUGCAAGCAGUUUGCCGAUGCGCUUGACAGUAAGAUUAGGGAGGGCACACUAGCUUCGUUUGCCGGAGGAAUAGUAAAGGAAGGGAUUGCAAAAGAUUCUACGUUGACGGGUCUCCAUAACAAGGGUGACAGCGCGAAACACAACCUCAUAUGGGCCGUUCAUCUCAUUCUUGAGCAACUCGUUGGGAUGACCAGAAAAGUAGCCAGCGAACUUCAAUCAUUUGUGCUGGAACCAAAACUUGGCGAAAAUGUGAAGACUGCUAUAAAUCGGGUUACGAAGCUUGGAGAGUAUCUUGCGGAGGCGGUUAAAGUUUCUCAUACAGGCGAGAUUGGACAGCUUGGUAACCAAAUAAACACGGCCCUCGGUAAACAGGCCAUCUCCGACGUCAACGACAACAAAAUCAAACCGCUACUCAAGGAGGCGGCCAAAGAGGGUAUCAGAAAGUUAAAUGAUAACAUGACUAGUGCUAUACAAACAGAGAUGAGUCGUAUUGACGCUGACAUUAGACCGCAAAUUAAUAAGCUGCAGAAAGGUCAAGAGGGCCAGGAAAAUAUUCAGACCCAAAUUAAUAAGCUGCAGCAACAGAUCAAUCAGCUCAUAUCAUCUGUAGAAGAUGUUAACAAUAAAGCCAAUGGGCAUGUCAACCAGCACAUUGAUCUGGUGAAAGAACAAAUUGCUCGUGUUCUAGAGGACACUAAGAAAAUUAAUUCAGAAAUAAAAGCCUUCAAUGCGUCCCUCCAAGAAGCCAUCUCAACCGCAAAAGAGACUGUUCAACAAGCCAAAGAAACCUUAGAAAAACAAAUAAGCACAGACAAAGAGGAACUCACCAAAGCCGUAAAAGCAGCCUUCACAGCCGUCCACACCGCCGCGAAACAAAUGUUCAACCAAGGGCACAAGGCUGACUUGGAGCAGCUCAAGAAAUUGGUCAGCGAGCAAAGUGAAGAAAUAAGGAAGUUGAUUGAAGCUGACAAAGUCAAAGGCCUGAAAGGCCUGUUGAAGGAGAUGUAUGAUCGUAAGGGAGAGACGUUAAAUGAUCUAACAAAGCAUCAGGAUCCUAAAAAGCCAGAAGAUUUCAAACAGCUCUCCGAGAAACUGAAAGACUAUUUGACACUCAUCUUCACAUAUAUCAAGGGACAAGUCAAGCCUCCAAGUUCGUCGCCACCUAACUCCACAACCAAAGAGCCAACCAAAAUGCUGGGUGAAGUGCAAAGUAAACUUGUCACUUUACUUGAAAAUCUUGGCAGAUCAAAACACUUUGAUAAUGUUUUCGUAACGCACUUAGCAUCCUUUUCCACUGAACUCAGCAAAUUCACGCCGUCUCAGUUCGCCGGCCCGGAGAACGCUUUGCUCCUUGACGUGCUCAAACAGGGGCUAAAUAAAUUGCGUGAUCAGCUCGACAGGGCGUACGUGUCGGCGUACUCGGGAGAGCAGAUAAACAACAAUAACAAAGAUAAGUGUGCCAAAAUCCUUGUUACCAUCUUCAAUACGUGCCGUAGCGAUUUGAAGCAUUUGAAGGAAAACUGUCACAACAUAGGUUGGGAUUCAAGAAAAUGCUACGGCAAUAAAAAAGAUACAAUUGGCGGUUUCCUUACCAAUUGCGGCUACCGCGUUUCCCAGUCUUCCACGGAGCAAGAUGGAGAGAUAAGAUGUGAUCUUGAUAUGAGCGGUGACAAAAUUGGCAAGUUGCUUGAAAAAUCAAUCGACCAGGCAAAACAAAAUACGCAUCUUCAAAAGUGUAACCCGAAUGGACAGUCGAGUAACUUCAGUGUAUUAGAUAUACUUACAUGUAUAUACAACCACCUUAGAGAUUAUUACACGACUUGCCACUUAACUCUUCCUGCAUCACCUAAAUACCCUUGCAAUGUGCGUGACAUGCUGUCGUGGCUCGGCGGUCUCCCGUAUACCUCCGUAUACAGCAUGGUUGAAAUGCAUUGCGCAGACCUUCUUAAAAAGGAAGAAAAGGACGCUGCCAAAAAAUCCCAGAAACCGGAUGCCGUGAUUAAUGAUAUUUUGAAAACUAAUUUACGUGAUAGCUUAGAUCAAACUUGUGACAUGUCAUACCGUGUCCUUGUCACAAUACAAGGUCACGGCCAUGGUUUCGACCAGGCAGAUUACCCAUAUGCCGUAGAUAUCUCUAACAAUUCCCGUGGUUUCCUUUAUCCGUCAGAUGUUCGCAGCUUAUUUGAUAUGGUUGUUGACAUAUGUAGGCGUUUAAUAUGUACACUGUACUUCUUACGCGCACGGUGUAAAUAUAAUAUAGCGGACGGCAACGGCUGGCGCGAUUGCCAAUAUGGCAGACACAUCGGUGGGUCCAGUUGGCAUUGUAACACUAUGCAAUGUUCCAACCAACAGUCCAACCUAAGCCCUAACCAAAACACUAACCAAAACACUAACCAAACACCUAACCAAAAGUGCAACCAACAUCCCAAGUGCGGGCUUAAAUCACCGCUUCAGUCUCACCUAAUGGACCAGUUACCUGGCUGUAUACCUCAUAAAUUAACAUCCGUCGGUUGCCAGCCCAAGUGCUCUACUUGUCCAAAAGGUUCACCUGGCCAGCAGUGUAUUACGCCCAUGGGCUUUUGGGACCUGCCGAAUGCGGGGUCAAAAACGGGAACCGGUGAAGAUAUAUGCAACGUACUUGAAAGUUUAUGCAAAAACGCUGCCAGCCCACUCACCGCCCUAUUACGUGGAAUUUGCUGUUUGUAUCCAUCGCCACCAAAGAAUCUCGGCGACAUGUUCACGUUGUUCUGCCAGUUGUUCAGAAGAUGGCAUCCAACUGACAUAUUGAAACAAAAGGGUCGGUACACUGAUAACUCAGGUUUCCAAAAACAUCUGAGAGACGAGAUCAUAACCGCAGCCUUCCCUCUAUCAGAGUGGUUUCAUGGUGACUUUACUAACGCCGAUGUUACUAAUGCCCUUACAAAAUUAUAUCAUUCCGACAAUGAUCACAAGAGCGCUUCCGCAAAUGGCGCUGACACAACCACGAUCACCCACUCGGACUUAGCUAGUCUUACUGCCCGAUCUCAGUGCAACAACUCACCGACUUGCGCCCCUUAUCUCCAACCUCUAUAUUUCCAUGUUUAUAAUACAUAUCCUAAAAAGCAUGCUGCACUUUAUUUAUCAUGGAUCGUUUACACUGCUUGGCAAUUGUGGGAGCUGCUUAAGGAAUUGUUGUUAGCAUUCCAACAAAUCAGCUGUAAAAGCUAUGGUUGCGCUUCGUGUAAAUGUGCCCCUGGCCUCGAAAAAUUUCUCGGCUACCAGGAUGGUAAUUACACCGGAGAAGGAAUUGUGUACUCCGAUCUUGACAGGCUCUGCGACGGGGUGAUGUCUUUCCUUCAUGGUGUUCUUGAGAGUGUUAAAAGUGAUGAUAACGUUACAACUUAUGAUGUUCAAGGUAAAUUGAAGAAUCUUCCUUCUUCAAUCAGUAAGUUGAUGCAUUCUGGUUCUAAUGUUUUUCAGGAAGCCAUCACACAAGUCUCCGCGGCGCUGCGGGCGUGGAGCGGUGAGCUGGAGAAGAGGAAGAAAACAUUUCAAGAUGCACUUAACGCACUUAAAGAUGACAAACUCACUAAUAUGAAUAAUGCACUUAGUUCACUUCAUGACUUAGCACACGAUGACCAACUUAGGCUUGUGUCUAACAGGCUGAUGGGAUGCAUCGGCGCAGCCGGUGACAUUUCUGUAGCAUUCAACACCGCAAAAGAGGCGUAUAUGAAGCUCGAUCCUGCGCUUCAGAAGAAGCUGCAGGGAGCUGUUAGUAGUGCCGAAACACAUGUUAAGUCGUUCGUGGCUGCGGCGAGUAACACGGAGUUGACAGCUCUGGUUGACAUGGCGGCGCUUCAGCUGGAGGAGCUGAGAGAUGGAGUCCACGGCGAAGUUGACGACCGUCUUAGAAUUAUGUCUAAUCGUGUUCAUAAUGAUUUUCAUUUGCGGAUUCAAGAGCCAAUUAAAGAUGUCCAACGUAAAUUAGGUCAGGUCGACAAGGACCUGACAACAUGGAUUUCCGCAGCAGUGAAGGUCGCGGAUGUGGCAGUGGCUAAGUCUAGGAAAAUUGUAAAAUUCCUUAAUUGUCAAGAAGAUGAGCGUGAUCGAACGAAAAGGAUGGCGGUUGAAAAGGCUGCGGAUGAUUUCAAAAACAAGGCCAAUGCGCUUCGUGACGUUGCUAAGACGGUUAAGACGCAAAUUCAGAAUUGGAUUAGGCCAGCGACGCUAGCUGUUGAUGAGCUAAAUACAGCACUUGGAUACGAUUUGUGGAAUGUGAAAAAGCAGAUUAAAGCGGAUAUUAAAGCGUUAGUGGACCAAGCUCUUAUUCCGUUUCGUACUUUGAAAGAAAAGGUUCAGAGGGGAUCUGGUGGAGCAGAUGAUCUAAGUAUAGAAAUGAAUUGGACACAGCUUCAGAUGAAGAUCAAACAGCACGUUGGUGAAAUAUGCGGCAACGGAUACACGUAUGCAGGUCUCAAAGGUAUUAAGAAAAAAGUGGCAGAGUGGGCCGGGAGGUUCAAAGUGGGACCGUAUGGGUUUGAGAACUUAGUCAAGGGCUGGAUUGCCAAGAUUGUUGACGAGGAUAAAAUUGUCAUAGAUAAGGUUGAAGAGUAUUGGAAGCAUCAUCCGAAUAGAGUGCAGAUCAGAGGUCUAAAACAGUUACAACAUGAAAUCAAGGACCGCAUCAAGGCAUCACUUAGCAGCAUGAUUUCGGAUGCUAGCAAAUUGGUCAUUGUCACAAACAAGGAAGACAGAGGGAGCAUAAAGAAAAAUAUUGAAGCUGUUAAGGCGGGAAUUGAUAGAUUAGUUGCCGGAAUUCAGGGGGAGCUUACGGGUAAUGGGAAAAUCCAGAUAUUUGUUCGAGAGAUAGCCAGGCCGAUUGAGCAUCGAUACGGUAUAAGUGACCCCAAUACCCAUGGAUAUUCUUCGACCUAUCUCGAGGACGCAGUGGAAGCCGUUUUAGUUUCUCUCAAUUCAAUUGCGAGUCAAGUUAAAGCGGAACUCACAGCUUUCACCUUCGACAUUAUGGAUUACAAUCUCGGUGACAACGUGGAAGGGGUUUUAACAAAGAUCGGAGAAAUCAAUGAUCAAUUUGAAGAUAAAAACACAAAUUACGGCAAACACAUUAGUAACGCAUUGCAAAACGUGACGCAACCAAUAAGGGAGCUUGAAUCCGCCCUUAACGUCGCAGGCUUUGAGAAGAAAGUUGAAGACCAAUUACCGGAUGAUGAUAAAGGUAUAGGCAGUCCUAUUAAGUUUGACAGGCUUGAGAGAUACAGUAAAAAUGGCAGCAGUGGCGGCAGCAAAAGCAUGAAGAAAGCACUGGAAGAGAUCAUAACCAGCAUUCAAACAAAGGUGGAAAGCGAACAACAUUUGGGAAAAAUAGUGGACCAAGAUGGAAACACUAAAACUGAUGAUAACUUCUACAACGACACUUUUAGCGGACUGUGCACCAAGGUAACCAAUGCGCUAAAUAAUUUUUGCCAAGCUGUCGAGCAGUUGGUCGUUAAGCCAGGUAACGAUCCCAAGAGUGUUCAGCAGCCAGAUGAAAAUAGAGGCGUGCAAAAAUUGUUAGAGGAUUUGCAGCUCAUGCUAAUCAACAAUUAUGCCGGUAACAUAUAUGGGUUGAAAACGGAUCUGUACAAAAUUCGUGUGGCGAUUGCAGAAAUCUUAGGUUCGGAAGGUGAGAACAAUCCGAACACCUUGACAAAAAUAGUUGAGAAAGCAAAUUACUUCUACACUUCUGUUAUCAAAUUUCACACCGACGAGGCCACAAAGAAUUUGCAAUCCUACGUCCGCGACAGGGUUGCGGAUGCCACCGAGGAUAUCCAGUCCAAAGCCCAAAAUGCGUACUAUUCGAAAAUCAUCGAAGCAUUCAAGACUAUGAGAACAAAGGUCGAAUACGAUAUUCUGGCAAUAAACGAGACUAUCAAAGAUGAUUUAGCAAGCGGCGUAAAGGGAUUACUAUACAAAUUGUAUGACAAGCAAGGCGGUAAGCUGGACGCUCUGCAAAAUGCACCAAACCACAGUGACUUUAAAACCUUCGUGGAAAAAAUGCAGACAUACUUCACGCUCAUCUACAAGUACGUGAAAUACCAAAUGGAGGAAUAUGUCAAAAAGCAGUCUCCCUCAGACGCUCCAGAUGCAAUUGCCAAACUCGUCAGAGUAAAGGAAAAAUUGGACAAAACUCUCGACGGUCUUACACAGUCCAAACAUUUCGACUACACUUUCAAAACAAACGUAGACGCUUUAAACAGCGCGCUUCAAUAUUUCGCGCCGUCCAAGUUUGGCGGCCCGUGCACUGUUCUGCUAGACGUAGUAAAGGACGGCCUGCAGGCGUUAGCCGGGCAACUUGGGAAUGCAUACGUGAAUUCAUAUUCGGGUCUACGAUACAAGGAUGCCGACGAUACUAAAUAUAGCAAAAUAUUUAUGACGGUUGUUCCUAAAGUUGUGACAGAUUUGACUGAUCUUAGAGUAGAUUGUAAUGGGAAGUGCAGGGCACGAAAAAUCUACGCUUCAUCCCAGGGAAGUGAGAAUAUUCUCGGUGAUUAUUUCACCAACUAUGGAUAUAAAGUGUCGACAGGAAAGGACCUACAAGAUGGUGAGGUGCGGAAUAAUGGCGACCAACUAGCGGGCAUUCAUAUUGCGUCCAUGCUAGGGCCACAUUCUGCGAAGUUGUUCAAGUCGACGAAGCGUGGUGAUAAUUCCGGCAUACUUUAUGAUCUCUACGACUAUUUUGUCCAGUACAAUAAAGUCGGUCACAUUUCUAAAUUCACUUCCAAAAAGCACCCAUGUUCAGUAAAUGAUAUGCUUGUAUGGUAUGCAGGCCUCCCUUACAAUUCCGUAUAUUUAGAUUUGAUGUCUGACAGUUUCAGUGAUCUAUUCGACAAAGCGGAGAAAAAGCGCUCCGAAGAUGUAAAGGCAGACGAACUCACUGUUGAAAAACUCAACGAUCGGUCGUUGAAGGCUUACCCACGUGACGUAACAUACAGCGACAUACAUGAGGCAAUAACGCAUAUAACUUCCUACUCUCACGAGUUGCUUACAGCCAUACGAGGACACGGCGACGAAUACACAACGUACGCCAGCGAUCUUUCCAACAACACGCUAGGCUUGUAUUACCCUUCCAGCGCCGGGGACUGUCUAUCCAUGUUUGUAGAUAUACUCGGUCGACUGAUUCAUCCGCUCAAAUAUUUAAAAACGCAGUGUAGUAUGUCUACUAAGCAUAUGGGUUGGCGCCGUUGCGAGUACGGCAGAGAUGUCCCAACAAGUAAAUCUCCAUGUACCGACCAUCCAACUGACAAACCAAGUGUCCAAUCAACGUGCCAAGCAAAUAGUCAACCAAAUGACCAACCAAACUGCCAACCAACGUCACCACUUCAGUCCUACCUAACUGAUUCCUUGCAUGGUCACUUGCCUCAUAAUCUAAUAUCUGUCGGGUGCAGAUCUGUAUGUAACACGUGUCCUACUAGUAAACCAGGAAUGCCCUGUCUCACGCCUCUCGGCUUCCGGGCCUUUUCUGGCAGCACUAAAACUGGUUAUGCCUUAUGUAAAAGUAUUCGUGAAUUCUUGAGGAGUGAGUAUCUUUCAGCCCUCUUCUGUGCUUUGCCUAAACCGCCAUCCACGCUACCACAACACCUCUCAUUUGUACUGUCAUUAGUAAAUGAGUGGCAGAAUAGUGGAAAUCAUCUUCUUCGAAAAUGGAUUCAUUCAUCUAUUCAUGACGCAACAAUACAUCUAGAGACAAAUGGCCUAGAAUUGACCAAAGCGCUGAGAAAUGCGUACGGCGCUGACUAUAAUUGCCAUACUCAAGCAGAGCACUGCGAUGUUAGGAGCCUCACCACUCUGGGUAUUUGUAGAAAAAACAAUAGUGAAAUAUAUACAUGCGCUCCAUAUUUAUCCAUUGUAUGCUCAGACAUGUACAAACUGCUAGCCAAGAAACACUGUAAUCUGUACCUCUCCUGGGCUGUAUAUUUGCCAUGGGCAUUCCUAGAAUAUCUUGAGCGACUGCUAGAUGCCAUUAAAGAAAUAUUCUGUCCGGAAUGGGGAUGCCGUAAAUGUCUUAACAGUGAUACAUGUAAACGUGGCAAGCACGGCGACGACGAACAUCUGUGUAAUUGUAUUACCAUUGUUCACUGUAGGGGAGUAGCACCUACAUUAUACAAGUACGGAUUCACUUUCGGUGACCCAAGAGAAUUAAAUGAUCUAAGCUACCCGAGAAAAUGUUCUGAUUUAGUUAGUCAAUUAAAAAGAGUUGUCAAAUCGGGGCUGUUCACAGAACUAUUCGACGAGUGUGACAACUCCCUGUGUACUAUCAGAUGGCCUUUCAUGACAACGUUGUUAGCCCUCUGGUCGCUGUCGCUCCUGUACCUGCUGCACAUCGCCGUCGUCCGCCUCGACGUCCUGAGGAUACGCUCCCACCUGAGAUCGCCCUCAUCGCACCGCAUCGCCGCACAGUCGCUCCUCGCCGCCGCACGCGUCAGGGCACUCGCCAACGUCAAGUACUUCUCACCAUAA